CCUCUCGCCGUCGUCGUGACGGCUGUCCCUCUCCUCAUCUCGAUCAGCCUCAGACGAUUUCGACAAACUCAGCUCCUUUGCGAGGCAGCAUCCUGGUUCUCGCUCGCACUGCUGGCAAUACAGGCUGCAGGCUUACUCACAUCCUCUGUCUGGUUCGCUUGGUCACAGAUUGACUAUUGUACUAUAAGGGUCGUGAGAUUGAGUGGGCGGGCUCACCUACAUCUACCAGACACGACAUGUCCUCGAAACGAGACAGUCUGUUUCUUACGGGCUCGAUCGGGCGCAACCCGUCCAUCUCGCGCACUGCAUCUCAUGAGAGUCUCUCUACGCAUCCCCUCCUUUCGCCGGCGGCACCUGGGUCGCCUACAACCACAACCACAACCACCUCUGCGGAGUCGGUCUCUGGAGCGCCUCGUUAUGUGCCGUAUACUCCUCGUCAUCGGGUUACCCCCACAUCUGCGACAUCCGGGACGACUAUGCAGCCCAGCAUAAGUACCUCUGGCCAGCAGAGUGCAUCGCAUAGCGAUGCAACUAGCAAGCUACAAAUAAUGAGUCUGAAGGCUGCUACCCAGCGUAUGGGCUUGGAUACAACAACCACGGGCUGGGCAAUCCUUGAGCGGCUAAGCACUGAAACUGAUCAUGGGCCGGAGUGGAAUGACAUAUGGAAUGCACUGUCAUUCAGCAAGGCUACUCUACUUCUGCCUCUGGAUCAUCAUCGUUCGAACGAUCUGAUCACUCCGGAAUUUAUCAAAGACCACAUCGCGCUGUGUGACGGAACGGGUCGAAAUAAUGCUCCGGUUGUGACCUCGCUCCUCAAUCCGGCGGCGCGGUCUUCCGCCCUGUCAGCUCUGCCCCCUCUCCCAAACUCACUUCUUGCAUCGGCCACUCUGGUCCCGCCGUCUCCAUCUUCGUCUACUUCGUCGAUACAAUCUUCACUCCAAUACCCGACCUUCAAGACACAUUCCUAUUCUCCAGCCUUCCCAUCCCACCGCGCCCGACCGUGCACGCGUUCCCAGCGGUCCGGCGAAUCCCGCAUCGCGCCUUUCGAACCCAUUUGCUUCUUUGUUCGGUCGCGCCACGCCACCGGCCAGCCCGUCAACCGCCCCGACACCUCUCCACUCCGAACCCAACCCUCUCUCAUUAACGACGCCAGGGUCCACCCUACAGGGUCUCUGUCUUCACAAGUCACGCCAUCUCCGGACCGUACGAGCCCCGCAGAGCACUCACUUGACGUGCCUGCCUUCACCAUAUCCACUCGCGUUGAUCGUGCGACCUUGGGUCGCUCCCUGACCGAUGUCAUCCGAGGGGAAAUGCGUGCUGUGCUCGGAGAUGCGGGCGUGCCAUCAUGGGCCAUAGAGCGCGUCAAACAGUUUGCCGAACCUUGUUUCCCUUCCCCUAAUGGAGACCCUGGCGCAGUAGCGCGUGCUGUCAGCGGAGGUGGCCGUGGCCGUGGAAGGGGAAGUGGCGAGUGGGUGAUUGCCACGAACCCGUCGCAAGGAGCCGAAGAUGUGUCGAACAAAUUUCAGGAGUUCUACAAUGACCUCGAAGACAUGCUCUGGGCGCGCCUUCCGAAGAGUGGACACAAGUUACGCAAAGGGCAUGGCAAGGCGACGCAGCAUGCUAAGGAGGAUGGUGGAGACGUCGGUCCCCCAAGUACAGACGAUGUCACGGAGGAAAAAGCCGCCGAUGAGACGGAAAUGGGCGAGGAAGAGAAGAGAACGACACAAAUUCGGGUCACGAUGGAUGCUAUCGAGCGUGUCUUGUGUUGUCUUCUCUAUGAUAGAUUGUUCCUCCCUGAAAGCGCGGAUGACGCUGAACACGACGAAGCCCUUUCCAGUCGUAUAGCGGCGGUCAACCUUCUGGACUUAGGUCUUGGUCAUCUCGGCGUUGACGUCGGCAAUUCCAGCAAGGAGGUGGAGGCAGUAGUCGGCAGAUGUGGGAAGGCGCUAGUGCAACUCGAUACAGUGGCCCGUUCGCCAGCGGAGAAGGCUGCUGUGCUAGUGUCCGUACACAAGAUCAUUGUCGAUGGCCUUGCGAAGCUACCUCCGAUAGGGCUCAAGCCUGAAGAUGAGAUCCUCGACGACGCGAAGACCCCUCGCGCGAAAACGACAUUUGGGCGGCAUAGUGCCGAAGACGACAACGACGUCGACGAGCAAGAGCCGACGACCACGACGGAACCCGUCCCUGGUUUACGCAACGUCGAUUCUGAGCCGGAUCAGCCGGUUGUGUCACCAACCAUUGUGCUAUCUCCUGUCGACAUCUCUUCUGCCUCUGAAGGAAUGCAUCUUCCUACCCCGGCAACCCAGGAUGCCUCGUCUGUCUCCUCUGAUUUGAUCCCUCCUCGUUCUGCGUCUCUGCGAAGCCAGUCUCCUAUUCGCACGGCGUCUUCUCGGACAUCCUCUCCUACGCCAGUAUCUGGCGAUGUCAUUCUUCCGCUGAUGAUCUUUGCUGUCGUGAAGGCGAACCCACCGAGACUCGUUUCGAACCUGUUGUACAUUCAACGUUUCCGCAGGGAGAGCACUGCAGGUGGCGAAGAAGGCUACUGCCUCGUCAAUCUCAUGGCUGUCGCGGAGUUCUUGGAGAAUGUGGAUCUAGCAGCUCUUGGACUAGGAGACAGUGAGAAUACGGUAUUGAGUCCUGCACAGCUCAGUCCAAUGCCCCUCGCACGCAGUGUACGCGGCGCGCAGCCGCCGUCUCCUCAAGCUAUAUCAGCUAGCCUUCGCGGGCGCGUGGAACAGCAAGUCGAUGCCAUCACCGGCUCCGCGAACAAGGUGCUAUCGGGUGUAGUUGAUUCGUCCUUCGGUGUCUUGCGUUCCCUUCUUCCUGGCCAAAGCCAGAGUCCAAUUGCGGCCACCACACCCGCUGCUGAGACGACCGAAGAGUCCUCGCGUCCGCCGGGGUCGAGUCGUUCCGUGAGGGCACCCGAAGACGAUACCACCACAUCAGAAGAAGGGACUACGGGAGAUGAAGGGGACGAGAGGAGAAGAGGAAGAAGAAGACCUGGCCACGAUGCUCGUAGCAUCCGCAGUUUCGAGAGCAUGAUGAGCGAACGGAACAAACGUAGAAAAGGAAAGCGCAAGUUCGUCGGUGGAGGCCGUAUGAGUUUGACGGACCGGUUGGCUAGCAUGCCGGGUCUUUCACGCCUGUCGCAUGCUGCACAGAGCGAAGCGGCGAAGUAUGCAUCCAUACAGGCAUCAUCACCACCAGGCUCGCGCCGUUCCUCUCUCCUUAUUCCGGCAACGACGGCGACGAACCGCUUCGAUACGCCCGCCUCGUCCCGUGCUGCGUCACCCAUAGCGAUUCGAGUAUCGCCACCUAAUCCCCGCUUUUUGGCGUGUACCGAGGACGAUAUUAAGGUGUCCGAAGUGGGUGAGCUGCUUCGUGAGUACAAGCGGCUAGCCGAAGCGAUUCGAGCCAUGGGUGGCUUCAACGACGAAGUCUGAUGCACCAGGCGAACCGCCUUGUGCUCAGGCCUCCGUGCAUCUACGAUGUUUUUGGUUUGUCUAUCAUCGAGACUUUUCUAUGCUGCAUUAUAUCAGAGACGGGCAUUACACUGUAGAUGGAUCUCAUUGGCAAAUUUGCAUCUUCAGGCUGUUACUCAGAGUCGUCAACGAGCACUUCGGCAGGGUGUGGGGGAAGACAGUUACAGCAACAAGACCAUUGCUAUAGC